AAGCAUUUUACCGAAAUAUCAGUGAAUGCAUUUAACGAAGUUCAGAAACAUGCGUAUUGAUUACUGAGCAAUCAGCAAAUUUACGUGUUGCUGAUCAGUUCCGGCAUUUUAUUAUGCCGAGCUCAAGAAAUGGUUUUAAGUGUGUAGGUUCUACUCAAACAAAUGCUGAAGCAAAACUGUACUAACCCCGACGAAAACUGUAUAAACAAAUUCGAUGUUGCUAAUGUGGUUUUACUCAAACUGAUUUUUCUACAGUAAAAGGAGAUGUUUAUUUGUUUCAAUUAUAAAGGUUUUAACCUUAAGGUCAUUCGCCUCUUCGGACCAGAAAAGCUAUCUGACCCUAUGUGCGAGGUUGGGGAUCGAACCCAGGUGGUCUGGUUGAAAGGCAUCGACUAACCCAUCACGCUAUACCCGUCCCCAGAAAAUGGAGAUUUUUUUUGCUGGUGUCUUUUUGGCAACACUGUUUUUGACAGAUCACGCGUGAAUCGUGUAUUGUGUCAUUGUCAACCUUGUUCAGUUUGGUCUAUAAUUUAAUCAUGAAUCCUCGUUUGGUCUAUAUUUCAAUCAUAAAUGGGCGCUGGUAAAGCUCAUUUCUGGUUGAAUGGAUACGUCAACAAGCAAAAUUUACGCAUCUGGAGUGAAGACCAACCGAAAGCAUUGCAAGAGCUACCACUAUUUGUGACUAUAACAGACUGCAGAUCGAAUUAUUAUUAUAUUAUUGUCGCUGCAGCACUAACCAAUUCGCCGGAAAGUCCAGUGCAGCGAAGAUUCCGAGCGAAGCUACGUCCAUUGAAAAUGCAACUUUGUAUCACUGUGAAAAUACAUGCAUUCGUUUCGUGUUUUGUGGAACCUUAGUGACAAACAGUUGUUGAUGGGCGCAACAUAUGAAACGGGUAUAUUAAUAAAAUGAACAGUUUGAAAUUGAAAUAAAUGUUUGGACUUUGGGAAUUACUGUAGCAUUUUUAAUUUUUGACUAUGCAUAGGUAUAUAAUGCCUAAACUUCUAUUCAGUAGAUAUUUACCAAAUAAUUCUUUGCAAUCCGUGUGAAAGGUGGGAGUAAUUACAACCCUACAGCCAUCCAGUUAAAAUCUGCCCAAAAGCGCCUUAUAGUGAAUAACCAAGUUAUUGCACAUUUCACAACAAAUGGAGUUGCACAGUAUUAAAAUGUGCUGAAUCAAAGGUGUGAUCAUAACUGCAACUGCUCUGUACUGACAGAACACUGACGUCUAUAAACGACUACACAAUCUUAUGGUUCUUUUAUUUUCUUCGCUUGCAACUGUAGCACCUAUAACUUACAAAAAAGUAACACUUCAUAACGCCUGUAACGCAUGUAACGAUUUGUAACGCCUAUUACUAACAAAAGAGUAAGGCUUGCAAUGCUUCGUAACGCCUAUAACUUAUAAAAAAGUAACGCAUGAAAACGAAGUGAACGCCUAUAACUUACCAAAAAGUAACGCUUUAUAACACUUGUAACGCCUAUAACUUACAAAAAAAAUAACGCAUUUAUCGCUUCGUAACGCCUAUAACUUACUGUAAAGUAACGCAUGUAACGCUUCGUAACGCCUAUAACUUACAAAAAAACGCAUGUCACACUUCGUAACGCCAGUAACUUACUGUAAAGUAACGCAUGUAACACUUCGUAAUGCCUGAAGCUUACAAAAAAGUAACGCAUUGACCGUUUCGUAACGCCUAUAACUUACCAAAAAGUAACACAUGUAACGCAAAAAAUUAACGCAUGUAGAGCCUUUAACUUACAUGAAAGUGACGUAUGUAGCGCUUCGUAACGCCUAUAACUUACAAAAAAAAAUUAACACAUGUAACGCUUUGUAACACCUAAAACUUACACAAAAGUAACGCAUGUAACGCUUCGUAACACCUGUAAUUUUAAAAAAAAAGUAACGCAUGUAACGCUUCGUAACGCCUAUAACUUACAAAAAAUUAACGCAUGUAACGCUUCGUAUCGCCUAUAACUAUCAAAAAUGUAACGCAUGUAACGCUUCGUAACACCUGUAAUUUAUUAAAAAGUAACGCACGGAACACUUCGUAACGCAUGUAACGCAUCGUAACACCUAUAACUUACAAAAAGUAACGCUUGUAACGCUUCGUAACGCCUAUAUCUUACAAAAAAAAUUAACGCAUGCAACACUUCGUAACGUUUAGAAUUUACUAAAAAAUAACGCUUCGUAACGCCUAUAACUUACUAAAAAGUAACACAUCGUAACACGUUUACCGCAAGAAUCUAACCUUUAAAACGGUUUUAACAUUCAUAAUUUCCACAAAAUAACUCAUAUGAUCUAUAAUCCUCAAUUUAAGAAAAUCAUCGUACGCUACGCUUUCAAGCUUCUUAAACUUAACGUAACGCUUCCCAUCUCACGAUAAUAUCGAGUGAAACGCUUCGUCAAAUGAAACAUUUUUCCAUAUUGGGGACGGGUAUGGGUAAGUCGAUGCAUUUCACGGAACCCGCCCGGGUUCGAUUCCUAACCGCGAAUUUUCACCGCACUUUGACGAAGUUUUUUCGUUUUGUAUUUGUGUGAAAAUAUGAAGAUGGAAGCAGAGCUGUCAACUGUUUUUUUAAUUUUGAAAAAUCUGUAUUUGGUGGAAAAAACUAUCUGUACGAUAUCUAUCUCGAAAAAUCCAAAUUGGAUUUAGUGAGGAUACUGGUUUUGCGAGCAAAAGAUAAGAGGCAAUCUAAACCUCAACCUAUGGAACCAAACACAAAACUGAAAAUCGAUAAUUGAAUUAUCAGUAUUUUGAGAGAAUAUAUCUGUAUUCCUGUAUCGAGUACAAAAAUAAUAAAUAAAUCGGUUUGAUUGGCAGCGCUCAACAGCGCUAUCAGUUCAACAUCAGUGUUACCAUUUUAUUGGAGGACCGUGUUUUGCAUCGAAAAAAGAUCGUUUACUAUUUAGUCUACGCAUUCGUUUAUGGUAAAACGUCAGAUAUACUUGCUAAAUUUGUGUGCAAGAUUAAGCUGAAAUCCAAGCAGGCCAUCGUCUUUUUCAUCACCCCAUGUAUGGCACCGGUAAUUUACAUGUUCAAUGAAAUGAUCUUUGAAUUUUGUUUUUAUUUAUUUUUAUUUUUAUUGAAUGAUGUUGCAUCUGACACUGUGGAAGCCGGCAAUUAGUAGACGAAAUAUGCAAUUGCCUAGAAUAUAAUUGACAUAUGUAGUGAAAUUAAAAGUAAGGUUUUCUCAGACUUCUAGUUUAGGUAUUUUAACACAGAGACUAAAACAGAUUACCUCCUUAAUUGCAUUCCACUAUCGAAAUCGAUUGGCGAGCUGCCAAUAACAUAAAACAUCCAUGCGGCUAGCGGAAAAUUCAGCAAUCAACAUCUUUUUUCCGGUUAGUCCAAUCGUAUUUCACAGAAACGGGUAAACAUACGAGCAUACGCGAUCGUCUGUGAAUGUUGGAUGUUGUUUUCUAUAGCACAUCGAAUUUAACUCCACAAAGUUCACGUUCUUCCCCACGGAUUUUGCGUUCGUAUUUUGCCCUUGGUUCGAACCAAAACAGAAAAAAAUUACGCUUCGGACCGAAACCAAUCUGGACGUUACGACAGUAAGUGCGUCGCAGUGCAUUCGAUCGGUAGCGAACGGUGAUCUGGAAAAACGGAAGAAUUUUCCAGGUCGAAAGUUAUCAGUAAAUCCAAAAAAUCAUGUCAAUGUGUAACAAAAUUGCAAGUUUUUAAAAGUUUGUCUGAAAAAAAAACCAAACAUAUCGUGUGCAAUCAAAGUAAGCUGAAUGUUUCCAUAGCAACAAGUUAACUGACUGAUGGAAAAUAGAUUAUUAAAAUGAUUCUGUAGGAUAUACGAACAAAAAUUUCGGUCAGCUUACCUUUUCCAACAAUCACAGGUUAAAUCAAUUUGAUUUGUUUGAAAACCCUUAGUUUGCAGAUCGAGGAUCGAUAAUACAACGCAUCUUUAUCUCCAUCGUUUUGGAUUACGCGGUCGUGAUGAAAUCAUCAACUAUCACACGUACGUCACCACCGUGAUCCUGCGCGUUCAGCAGAAUGACACGCCCCUUUCUAUAUUGCAUGGUUGUCAUUGGUCUUCGUUGUUAAUCUAUUUGGCGGAAUUGAUCAGGAAUGCUGAUAAUUGCUAAAGAGAAGGCGAAAAGUAAUUUCAAUUUUCUCACAAUAUUCGCUAAACUUUUCAUCAAAAAUACUAAAUAACUGACAGCAGUCAAACAAUGGAGUCCUGGGGGGCCAUCGAUCUGUACUCUCGAAUGAUUCGGGAGGAAACUUCCGGUCACAGCUCCCGCCGUAGCCGAACGUCGAUCGAGAAACUACCGGAUAAGGUCAUUUUGCACAUCUUUUCCUACCUGAGUCACCUUGAAAUAUGUCGCAUGGCCAUGAUCUGCCGCCGGUGGCGUACGAUCGCUUACGACUCCAAGCUGUGGAAGAAUGUAUCGCUUCGUCCGGAAGUUUCCGGCCUACACGUCAGCUCCCUGGAAUCGUUGUUGCAGAUGAUUUCGGUACGUUUCGGUGCCUCGCUUCGCUACAUCGAGCUUCCGAUCGAGCUGAUCACCCAUACGGUACUGCAUGAGCUAUCCAGCAAAUGUCCCAACUUGACGCACAUGUUGCUGGAUUUCUCCACCGCUAUGCAACUGCAUGACUUCAGCGAAAUGCAAGCCUUUCCGGCCAAACUUCGCUACAUGUGCAUCUGCCUGUCGGAGGUCAUCUUCAUGGAGGGUUUCAUGCGUAAAAUAUACAACUUUAUCAACGGUCUAGAAGUGCUUCAUCUCAUUGGUACGUACGAGAAGUGCGAGGAAGAAGAGGAGGAAAUCUACGAGGUCAUCAACGUGCAUAAGCUGAAAUCGGCCACACCGAAUCUGCGAGUUAUCAAUCUGUACGGGAUCAACUUCAUCGACGAUUCGCACAUCGACGCCUUCAGUUCCAACUGUAUUCAGCUGGAAUGUCUGGCCGUCAAUUACUGCAACAAAGUCACCGGAUCAACGUUGAAGGCUCUACUCGCACGGUCCAAACAGUUGAAGUGUCUACUGAUGAACGGUACGGAUCUGAAAUCGGAAUUUGUCAUGCAAGCCGAAUGGGAUAAGUGUUCGGUUCAGGAGCUGGACAUUUCGGGAACCGAUUUAAGCACCGAAUGUCUCAUCGAUAUUCUCACCCGUAUUCCGACACUACGCUUCCUAAGUGCCGGACAGAUCAACGGGUUCAACGAUUCGGUUCUGAAAGCCUGGGCCGAAAGUGGAGGCCCGAAAAAUCUCAUUGCGCUGGAUCUUGACUCGUCGGACAAUAUUUCCGACGAGGCCCUGGGACGUUUUAUAACUCGUUACGGCGGUCAGUUACAGGCCUGCGUAUUGUCCGGUAUGACACAUAUCACCGAUCAGCUGUGGAUGACCAUUCUACCGACCUUGGUGAACGUUAUGAUCGUUGUGAUGGGAACAACCGAGCGGCUAGGCGGUAACAUCCAUGUCGAUCAGCUGAUGGACACGAUCGGAUCGUCGUGCCCGAAACUGGAGCGCCUGGAACUACGCUGGGAUCCGGAGAACCUUCGCUUUUCCGACAAGAGUCAAAAGGCAAUCGAUCUGUUGCGUGUGAAGUGUCCCAAGCUACGGUGCAUGGUACUGAGCGAUGGUCGCUACUACGAAACCGUCAAGGCGAACUUCGAGCGUGCAGAUCGAUUAACGGUGGUUCGAACCACCACCAGUUGCCGUGUCUCGGGCUAUCACGUGCUGAGCAACUACAAUGACUUGAUCUUCAAUUAAACUAAAACGGUACUACUUAAUUCACUACGAAUCAAAUUUGAAAUAGUGUUUUAGAUUGGAGGAUACCAACUAAAAGGCAGGUUAAACAGAAUUCAAUAGAAGGAGGAAUAUGAUGGUGUAUUGUUGGCGAGAAUACAGUAAAAGAUGGAGUGUUGAUUAAAACUUUGUUACUUCA